UAUUCCAAGUUUCUUGUUCUUGAUCUUCUUUUUCUAUUUUUAUAUAUAUUUAUUCCCUUUUUUAUUUUUGGUAUUAAUUUCAUUCUGUGUUUAUCUUUGCUACAGUAUUCAAUAGGUUCUGUGUUGUCUCGUCUCGUCUCGUCUGCUUUCCAAAUCUAACACUUGUGUGUUUCUUGAUUCCCUUUUGGUUUUUGGGGUUCUAUUAUGGUUUGAAGACUUCACAAUGGAGGAACAGCCAAUGUCUCUUCUUGGGUUUCUCGUAUCUGCAAUCUGCAUUGCUUCUCUCCCUUUCUUUUAUCUGCCCCGCACUGUCAUUAUUGAAAUAAUAACCCUAGGGUUUACUAUUUUGUGUGGUUUUGCGAACAAGUAAAUUGGAAAAAAGAGGAAUGAAAUUUAUUUUUUUGACAAUGUUAUUCUGGUUCUGAUGUUAAGGUUUGCUCCUAGUGCUGGUUAUACUAGAUUCUAAGUUCAGUUUUUAGAUAGGGUUCAUGGUUUAUGGUGAUAAACGGGUUUUGUUGAAUUUCUUCUUCUUCUUCUCUGUUUUCUUAAUUGAUGCUAUUUGCUACAAAUUAUCGUUGACAGUGUUUGAUUAAUAACUUUGGGAACCAUCUGGAUAAACUUUAAUCCGAAUAAUUGGGUCCACAGUCCGACUUGAAUGUUUUUCAAGCCACCAAUAUUUUGAGACCCUCGGAAUCACUCAGCUGUCAACAGCUCAAUUAUCAGAGUUUUAUGAUGCCCUUUUCUUUUCUUAUUUUUUUCUUUUUAUUCGCAUUAUUUUAUAUGGGUUCACAUUCUAUAACCAUCUUAAGAAUCAGUAACUUAGUGGAUUUUUAAUUUAUGCCAUUCUGGAUAUUGGUAGUUUUAGGCUUUUACAAAGACACUGGAUGUUGUAGUUCUUACAUUUCUCUGGAUAUAAAUCCAUUGGCUGCAUUGUUCCAUCAUAGAUGUGUUUUAUUCCAAGAUUGACUUUUAUACUAGGGACUAUAUUUUUUAAGGCUUCUGAGAACUAUUUCCUUGCAGAUUAUUUACAUGAACUUAAUUUCAUUCCAUCAUAGGUAUGUUUUAUUCCAAGAUUGAUUUUUACACUAGGGACUAUAUUUUUAAGGCUUCUGAGAACUGUUUCCUUGCAGAUUCUUUACAUGAACUUAAUUUCAAGGAAUGGGAGAAAUUUCUAUGUUAGAUGUGGCUUCUGCCAAGUGGAAAUCCUUUGAAAGUGCUUGCAGUGAGUGAAGUAACAUAAAUUUCUUGGACAGAGAUCGAUGGGAUCCACAAAGCCAUCUGGUGGUCUACUAGAUUCCUUCAAGAUGGAUAGGGUCAGAACAAUACUGACCCCAGCAUAUCCAUAUCCCCAUGAGCAUUCACGCCAUGCCAUAAUUGCAGUAGUUGUGGGGUGUUUAUUCUUUAUUUCAUCAGAUAACAUGCAUACUCUCAUACUGAAAUUAGAUAACAAUGUUAAAUGGUGGUCGAUGUAUGCCUGCUUACUUGGAUUUUUCUAUUUCUUUUCAACUCCAUUCGUUGGGAAGACAAUUAAACCAAGCUAUUCAAACUUCAGUAGGUGGUAUGUUGUGUGGAUUCUAGUAGCUGCCUUGUAUCAUCUUCCCAGUUUUCAAUCAAUGGGAGUGGAUAUGAGGAUGAACCUGUCACUAUUUUUGACGAUAUACAUCUCAUCUAUUCUGUUUCUUCUUGUUUUCCAUAUUAUAUUCCUUGGCAUGUGGUAUAUUGGACUUGUUGCUCGUGUGGCCGGAAAGCGGCCAGAGAUCCUAGCCAUAUUUCAAAAUUGUGCUGUCAUUAGUAUAGCCUGCUGUGUAUUUUAUAGUCACUGUGGUAACCGUGCUAUUUUGAGGGAACGACCUUUUGAAAGGAGACAUUCUGGCUGGUUUUCCAUAUGGAAGAAAGAAGAAAGAAAUACAUUGCUGGCAAAAUUUCUGCGUAUGAAUGAGUUGAAAGAUCAGGUCUGCUCAUCCUGGUUUGCCCCGGUGGGAUCAGCCAGUGAUUACCCACUUCUGUCGAAGUGGGUUAUCUAUGGAGAGUUAGCUUGCAGCGGAUCAUGUCCAGCAACAUCAAAUGAAAUCUCUCCUAUUUAUUCAUUGUGGGCCACAUUUAUAGGUCUCUAUAUUGCCAAUUAUGUGGUGGAACGGUCUACUGGAUGGGCUCUUACUCACCCUUUGCCAGUUGAGGAAUAUGAGAAGCUGAAGAAACAGCAGAUGAAACCUGAUUUCUUGGAUAUGGUUCCCUGGUACUCAGGGACAUCUGCCGAUUUAUUUAAGACCGUCUUUGACCUCCUGGUAUCUGUAACAGUAUUCGUUGGUCGAUUUGAUAUGCGUAUGAUGCAGGCUGCGAUGAGUAAGGUUCAUGAUGGGGCUCAAAAAGAUGAUCUUUUAUUUGAUUUUAGUGAUAAGGAAGACCUGUGGUUUGACUUCAUGGCUGAUACUGGGGAUGGAGGAAACCCAGCAUAUGCUGUGUCCCGAUUACUUGCUCAGCCCUCCAUUCGUGUCAAUUUCAGCAAUUCGAUGCAAGCCCUACCACGUGCAGAUUUACUUCUUAUAGGCGGGGAUCUUGCGUACCCUAAUCCUUCAGCAUUUACAUAUGAGAAGCGGUUUUUUCGUCCUUUUGAAUAUGCAUUCCAGCCUCCACCUUGUUAUAAACCAGAGCAUAUUGCUGUGAACAAGCCUGAGGUACCUUGGGCAGAAUCUGAACCAAUUCAAUAUGGUGGACCACAGUGUUUUGUGAUUCCGGGAAAUCAUGACUGGUUUGAUGGGCUUCACACUUUUAUGAGGCACAUAUGCCAUAGAAGCUGGUUAGGUGGGUGGUUGCUGCCCCAAAAGAAAAGUUACUUUGCCCUGCAACUGCCUAAAGGAUGGUGGGUGUUUGGUCUCGAUCAAGCUCUCCAUGGUGACAUUGAUGUGUACCAAUUCAAGUUCUUCUCAGAAUUAACUAAAGACAAGGUUGGGGAGAAUGACUCUGUAAUCAUUAUAACGCACGAACCAAAUUGGCUACUUGAUUGGUACUGGAAUGAUGUGUCUGGGAAGAAUGUCUCUCAUUUAAUUCGUGAUUAUCUAAAGGGAAGGUGUAAGCUCCAAAUGGCUGGAGAUUUGCACCAUUACUUGCGUCAUUCUUCUGUUUCUUCAGAUAAACCAGUCUAUGUGCAACAUUUACUUGUUAAUGGUUGUGGUGGGGCUUUUUUACAUCCUACUCACGUUUUUAGUGGUUUCAAAAGGCUUUAUGGGACUUCAUACGAAACCAAGGCGGCUUAUCCAUCUAUUGAGGAUUCAAGCAGGAUUGCAUUAGGAAAUAUCUUGAAGUUCCGGAAGAAGAACUGGCAAUUUGACUUCAUUGGCGGCAUCAUCUACUUUAUACUGGCUUUUUCUAUGUUCCCACAGUGUCGGCUUGGCCACAUCUUACAGGAUGAUUCAUUUUCUGGUCACUUGAAGAGUUUCUUUAGCACAAUGUUGGAUGCUUUAAUGUACAUGGUGGAGCAUUCGUACGUGUCUUCAACUGGAACUCUGUUGUUACUAAUGGCAGCAUUUUGUUUCGUCCCUUCCAAAGUGUCACGGAAGAAGCGGGCAAUAAUUGGAAUGGUUCAUGUCUUUGCUCACAUGUCAGCAGCACUAAUUCUCAUGUUAUUACUGGAACUGGGAGUUGAGACAUGUAUCCGCCAUCAGCUGCUAGCUACUUCAGGAUAUCACACAUUAUAUGAAUGGUAUCGAUCGGUGGAGAGUGAGCACUUCCCAGACCCAACUGGCCUUCGAGCUCGUAUAGAACAGUGGACGUUUGGCCUUUACCCAGCAUGUAUAAAGUAUCUCAUGUCUGCAUUUGAUGUUCCAGAGGUUAUGGCCGUCACCAGGAAUAGCAUCUGCAAGAACGGGAUGGAAUCACUGUCACGUGGAGGUGCCAUCAUUUACUAUGCUUCCGUCUUCCUCUAUUUCUGGGUUUUCUCAACCCCUGUGGUAUCCUUGGUAUUUGGGAGUUACUUGUAUAUCUGCAUCAACUGGUUUCACAUACACUUUGAUGAAGCUUUUUCCUCACUCCGCAUUGCAAAUUACAAGGCAUUCACUCGCUUCCACAUUACCUGCACUGGGGACCUUGAAGUAUUCACCCUUGCAGUUGACAAGGUGCCAAAGGAAUGGAAACUGGAUCCAGAGUGGGACAAGGAAGUAAAACAGCAGCAACCGAGUCAUCUUAGGAAGUUCCCUAGCAAGUGGAGUGCUGCCGCCGCACAGCAAGAUCCAGUUGCUACAGUUCGGAUUGUUGACCAUUUUGUAAUUGAGAGAACUGAUUCUAGGAACCCCAACUCUAAAGCAUGCAAAUAAUGCUGUGGUUAUUCAGUGAUUUGGGCCUUGGGAUCUGUAAACAGCUUUGUAGCUUUCAACCAGAAGAAGAUAAAGAAAGGGAGAAAUUAAUUAGAAUAA